CCGGGGCCUCUCCCUGUCAAGGGGAAUGUCAGGGCCGAGGAUGGGAGCCAGAGCUCUAGUGAACAGAGACCCUUUGUGCUGCUCGGCUCCGCGCUGUCGUGCGAAUCCCGUAGCGACCGUGGCUGAGCUCCCGGAAGGUGCUCGGGUGUCCCGAUCCUGCUCGGAGCAGCAGGUCCCCGGGACGAUGACCACGCUCACGCGGCAGGACCUUAACUUUGGACAAGUUGUUGCAGAUGUUCUUUCGGAGUUCCUGGAAGUGGCUGUUCACCUCAUCCUGUACGUCAGGGAGGUUUAUCCUAUCGGGAUCUUUCAGAAGAGGAAAAAGUACAAUGUACCUGUGCAGAUGUCCUGUCACCCCGAGCUGAAUCAGUACAUCCAGGACACUCUGCACUGCGUGAAGCCCUUGCUUGAGAAGAAUGAUGUGGAAAAAGUUGUAGUGGUAAUCCUGGAUAAAGAGCACCACCCCGUGGAGAGAUUUGUCUUUGAGAUCACUCAGCCACCUCUUCUUUCCAUCAGCUCCGAGUCCCUGCUGCCUCACGUGGAACAGUUGCUCCGUGCCUUCAUCCUGAAGAUCAGCGUGUGCGAUGCUGUGCUGGACAACAACCCCCCUGGCUGCACCUUCACGGUUCUGGUUCACACGCGGGAGGCAGCCACACGGAACAUGGAAAAGAUCCAGGUGAUAAAGGAUUUCCCGUGGAUCCUUGCUGAUGAGCAGGACGUGCAUAUGCAUGACCCACGGCUUAUUCCACUGAAGACUAUGACAUCUGAUAUCUUAAAGAUGCAGCUCUAUGUUGAAGAGCGAGCCCACAAAGGCACCUGACUCCAGCUCUUCAUCACCUUCAAGCCUCAUCAGAUCUUCCAGUGGAAUGAGAUCCCUUACAAUCUAUACCUUGAUAAGAAGCCUCAGCAGCUGGCCUUCCAGGUGAAUGUAGAGCAGCUGCUGCGUCUUGAUUUCAAGUGCGCUUACCCUGUAUAUAGAACUGACUUGGAAUGUGGAGCCAGAGCCUGUUCCCACAUACACUUGGCUAAGAGUGAGGAGAGGUUUUGUUGCAGGGAGGCCCUGGACAGAGGGGGAGGAUAAAGCUGAUUGCAGGGUGCAGUCAGAACUUCGUACAAAUCCACUUCUAGCCUUAAUUAGGCAUCUCCAUUGCACACUGGUAAUGAUUYACCAGGACCUGCUGUGUGUUCCACAGAGCAAUGGUCUCACACCACGCGUGGGUGAGGCCUUAUGCAGUGUCCACAGUGGCUGUCAUAAGYAGUUUUCAAUAAAUGCUAAGUUUUAUGCCAGUGGAACUAGGUUGCAUUUUAUCUAAGCCAGCYGUCCUCUAGUGAAAAAGUAACUGCUUUUUUUAACUUGGAUGGAUCUUUUGCCCAUUUUCCAUGCCUUUUGUGGAAUAUGGCUGGUAUGUCAGUUCUGUGAGAGGCUGUACAACUCCAAUUUCCCCCCUUUCCUCAGGGAAACGUCCACCCAAGAGUGGAGAUAGCAAGGAGGUUGCGUGCCAGCCCAGCAAGGACACAUGUGGAACAUCCCA